AAUGUGAGGUUGCUGCAGUUUUGUAGUUUGUACUGACCCUGGUAGUUUGGGUCAGUUCCCCGGGACCCUUCUGAAUUUCCUGGGCCUACGCAUUGGAUCCUCAACGAACUGGUGAUCGAAUUAGGGGAAAAGAAACCUCGUCGGAGAGCAAAGGCAGGAUUCUGCUUUCCCUCAGACUGUAUCACUCAGGACUCUGAAUAUUCCCUGAAAUAGGAGGAAAGAUGACCACGUUGAAGGAGGCAGUGACCUUCAAGGACGUGGCUGUGGUCUUCACUGAGGAAGAGCUGAGGCUGCUGGACUUUGCCCAGAGGAAACUGUACCGAGAAGUGAUGCUGGAGAACUUCAGGAACCUGCUCUCAGUGGGGCAUCAACCACUCCACAGAGAUGCUUUCCACUUCCCAAAGGGAGAAAAGUUUUGGAUGAUGGAGACAGCAACCCAAAGAGAAGGGAAUUUAGGAGGCAAGAUCCAAACGGAGAUGGAGACUGUUCCAGAAUCAGGAACACAUGAAGGGUUGUUCAGUCAUCAAACCUGGGGACAAAUUUCAAGUGACUUAACCAGGUUUCAAGACUCCAUGGUAAACAGCUUUCAGUUCUCCAAACAAGACGAUAUGCCCUGCCAGGUUGAUGCAGGACUAUCUAUAAUUCACAUAAGACAGAAACCUUCUGAGGGUAGGAAGUGUAAAAAGUCCUUUAGUGAUGUCUCCGUCCUUGAUCUUCAUCAACAAUUACAGUCAAGAGAGAAGUCUCAUACAUGUGAUGAAUGUGGAAAGAGUUUCUGUUAUAGCUCAGCUCUUCGUAUUCAUCAGAGAGUUCACAUGGGGGAGAAACUCUAUAAUUGUGAUGUGUGUGGUAAGGAAUUCAAUCAGAGCUCACAUCUGCAAAUUCAUCAGAGAAUCCACACUGGAGAGAAACCAUUCAAAUGUGAGCAGUGUGGGAAAGGCUUUAGUCGUAGAUCAGGACUUUAUGUUCAUCGUAAAUUACACACAGGAGUGAAACCUCAUAUUUGUGAGAAAUGUGGGAAGGCCUUCAUUCAUGAUUCCCAGCUUCAGGAACAUCAAAGAAUCCAUACUGGGGAGAAGCCAUUCAAAUGUGAUAUAUGUUGUAAGAGCUUCCGUAGUAGAGCAAAUCUUAAUAGGCAUUCCAUGGUUCACAUGCGAGAGAAACCAUUCAGAUGUGAUACAUGUGGUAAGAGCUUUGGUCUGAAAUCAGCACUUAAUAGUCAUCGCAUGGUCCACACAGGAGAGAAACGGUACAAAUGUGAGGAAUGUGGAAAACGCUUCAUUUAUAGGCAAGAUCUUUAUAAGCAUCAGAUAGACCAUACAGGGGAGAAGCCAUAUAAUUGUAAAGAAUGUGGGAAGAGCUUCAGAUGGGCCUCAGGUCUUUCAAGACAUGUGCGAGUCCACAGUGGAGAGACACCAUUCAAAUGUGAAGAAUGUGGGAAGGGAUUUUAUACAAAUUCACAACGUUAUUCUCACCAGAGAGCCCACAGUGGAGAAAAGCCAUAUAGAUGUGAGGAGUGUGGGAAGGGCUACAAAAGGAGGUUGGAUCUUGACUUUCAUCAGAGGGUCCACAGAGGAGAGAAACCCUAUAAUUGUAAGGAAUGUGGGAAGAGCUUUGGCUGGGCCUCAUGUCUUUUGAAUCAUCAGAGAAUCCACAGUGGAGAAAAACCAUUUAAAUGUGAAGAAUGUGGGAAAAGAUUUACUCAGAAUUCACAACUUUAUACCCAUCGUAGAGUCCACAGUGGAGAAAAACCAUUCAAAUGUGAAGAGUGUGGGAAAAGAUUUACUCAGAAUUCACAACUUUAUUCUCAUCGCAGAGUCCACACUGGAGUAAAGCCAUACAAAUGUGAAGAGUGUGGGAAGGGCUUCAACAGUAAGUUUAAUCUUGACAUGCACCAGAGGGUCCACACUGGAGAGAGACCUUAUAAUUGUAAAGAAUGUGGGAAGAGCUUUAGCCGGGCCUCAAGUAUUUUGAAUCAUAAGAGACUCCAUGGUGAUGAAAAGCCAUUCAAAUGUGAAGAGUGUGGGAAGAGAUUUACUGAGAAUUCACAGCUUCAUUCCCAUCAGAGGGUUCACACUGGGGAAAAGCCAUACAAAUGUGAGAAGUGUGGAAAGAGCUUCAGAUGGGCCUCAACUCAUCUAACCCAUCAGAGACUCCACAGUAGAGAAAAACUACUUCAAUGUGAGGACUGUGGGAAGAGCAUUGUGCACAGUUCAUGCCUUAAAGACCAACAAAGAGACCAAAGUGGAGAGCAAACAUCUAAAUGUGAGGACUGUGGGAAGCGCUACAAGAGGCGCUUGAAUCUUGAUACGCUUUUGUCAUUAUUUUUAAAUGACACAUAACUGUUGUACUCUUUUAUGGGGUACAGUGUGAUAGUUAAUACAAGUAUACAAUGUGUUAUGAUCAAAUCAGUGUAAUUAACGUAUCCAUCACCUCAAACAUUUAUCAUUUAUUUGUGUUGGGAACCCUUAAAAUUCACUGUCCUAGCUAUUUGAAAAUAAUACGUUGUUAAUUACAGUCACCCUGUAGUAGUAUAAAACACUAGAACUUAUUCCUCCUACUUGCCUGUAUUUCUGUAUUUAUUAACCAACCUUUGGCUACCACCCUGCCUCUGCACCUCUAAGAACUACUAUUCUACUCUCUACUUCUAUGAAGUUAACUUUUUGAGCUUCCACAUAUGUGUGAGAACAUGUGGUAUGUAUCUUUCUGUGCCUGGCAUAUAUCACUUAAUAUAAUGCCCUGUAAGGCUCAUUCACUUUGCUGUGAGUGAUA